AUGUUCCCGGCGAUUUCGUGUUGUCUUGUGCUGGGUCUUUUGCGGGGUGCCGCGGGCGUGCGGGCUCAGUCAGAGCUGAGUUCCGCACGCUUCACCAGCUCCGGGCUGCGGCUAAAGGACGCCAUCACCAGUGCCAAAAAGACGCUCGCAGCUAUCAGGAUUACCCAAGCAGGAGAGGAUGACGCGGACGACGGAGAGGAUGGAGACAGCGAGUCCGAAGAUGCUGAACAAGCGUCUGACUUAGCCUCCUACCUUUUUAAUGCAACUCUGCAGAAGUGCACUGAGCUCGAGGUUGAGCCAGGCCGGAUAGACCUGAAAAGCAAGCUGCGGGAAGUGUGUGCGCAGGCAGAAGCCCAGGGUCUGGUCGCCAAGCUCUCUGAAAGGAUGAAUGAUGCUGUUGUGGCCGAAUGGCUCUGCGGGGCCAGCAGCAAGGAGAUCGAAGGUUGCAAGGAGACGGCGGAGUCCCUGUUAGGAGGAUUGCAGGAAGUGCUGGAAGCAAGGCUGUCAGCGGAAUCCCUGAUGAAGUUUUCGCUCUACACCGUCAAGGCUGUGGCCACGCUGGCCCCGCUGCCUCCUCCGCUGGGCGUGGUGCUGAACAAGGCUGCAGACCUAGUGCUGAAUCGACUCAGCCGGGAGGCUGAAGCUGAGCUGGAGGACUUGGAGUCGAAGAUGGAGCAAGUGAGCCAUCGGGUCGUGACCGAGGAACUGCUGCGCUUGGGAGCUGCUCAGGCAAGGGCUGCAGAGGAUCAGAUCCAGGAGAUGUCUGCCAUGGACGCCCUCUGGAGCGACGCCAUCUCUGCCUCUGCUGGCGGUAACGAUUUCGCCCGGACCAUGAGCCAGGCCAGCAGCUUCAACCGCUGGGCGGCGAUCGAGCAAGGUCUGGCGACGAGUGCAGAGCUGCUGCUGCCGCCCAGCGGCACGCUGGACGUCGAGGAGCGCGCCAGGUUUGCGCGGAUCCUCAAGCCGCACCUCGAGAUGCAUCUGCUGGUGCUGUCUCACAUGCAUCGAGCGAUCCGGGGAACUAAACAUGAGAUCCGAUUGCGGGACACUCUCAAGAAGAAGGCGCGCCGUGCGGCCAGAAGCAUCUUGCCAGAUCUGAUCCUCCUGAGCGCAACGCACCGCGGGGCAGACGCGCUCACCAAGGCUGCCUUGAACACACCCUUACUGCACCGCUCGAAAGAAAGGCCAGCGUCUUGCGGAGACCUGGAGGUUAAGAGCACUAUGGAGUUCGAGUUCUUAGUGGUUUGCAUAUGGUUCCCGCUUCUCAGCAAACCAUCGGCCUUCGCUGGAGCCCUGAUGGCACCCAAGUACUUCAAUGCUGAAAGGACUUCCCGCAGUGACUUCAUUGCCUUGAACUUGAAUGGAGAAAACACGGUGGAUCCAACUGAAGCUGCCCGACGUAUGGAGUUCCACGGGCAUCAACUGGAAUGCAACCAAUCCGAACGCAUGGAAGUGGUACAGCGGAUGUACCAGGAAGCGUAUACCUACCACAGGGCUGCCCAGAGAAUAUUUGGUUACUGCGCUGCAUCAACAAACCGCCACCACAUCACCUUCAAGACCCCAGGACUGUGCGUUGAUGUCGUGAAGUUCUUCGACACGAAGACGAUUGCAGAACUCGUGGCAGUUGAGUUGAGUGAGCCGUCCACCAGCAUGAAGAAACUCGACAUUUUUGGAAAAGACAUUGUUAGCAGCACAUGUCGCCUGGCAAACCGAGUCGUCAGUAGGCCUCAGCAUUGA